AUGCCCAAACGGCUUUUAAACUCUGCCGUCCGGUUAUACAACAACAAUUUUCAGCGUCGGCCUGAUACGACGCUAAUCGUCACAAACGGCGCUUUGAAUGGUAUCGCUGAUGCCUUGGCCCAAGCGUCCAGCAUAUUACUACACAAACCCACCCCCCAAUCACCCCUAGCCCCGAAAUACGACUAUGCCCGGACACUGCGCUUCACCAUCUUUGGCAUGGCCAUGGGUCCCUUUGUAGGCCGCUGGAUGUCUUUUCUGGAGACAAGGAUACCCAUGGGUAACAUCGUGAGGAGUGGGAGGGUGGUGCUGCCGGGGAGGGUCGUGAAGCAGAGGGGAGGAGAUAAUGCACAGCUGGCAAAGAGAGUUUUGGCGGAUCAGGUGAUCAUGGGACCGAUAGAUCUAUGUCUGUUCGUGGGAUCAAUGGGGAUCAUGGAAGGACUGUCUCAGGCUUCCAUCAUUGAGAAAUUCCAAGAUGUACUCGCUCUUAUUGCAGAUUGGGCAUACUGGCCUAUAGCUCAGACGAUUAAUUUCAAAUAUAUGCCCCUUCAAUACCGCGUCCCGUUCCAGAGCACCUGCGGGAUAGCUUGGACUGUGUAUCUCAGCAUAUUGAAUGCCGAUGAAAAUAAGAAUCUGAAGGAGCAGCAUCAUACACCACAUGUCUAG